AUGAGUGCCGGAUUGUCCCCGCCCAAUAGAACUGGUGGGAAUAGUACCACCGGCAGUCCGCGGCCGAGGCCAACCUCUGCGGUCAACUUUGGCCCAGAGCUGCUGAUUGCCGUUUGGACAAUGAGUGCCUUGUCCAUUAUAGUUGUGGCGAUGCGCUCAGUGAGCAAUGCCAAGUUUGGCAAUUAUCAGAUCAGUGAUAUAGUCACUUUAUUGGCACUGACGCUGCUUGUGAUUGCCGCAGUGCUGUCAAGUGUCGCAGUGGACUAUGGGUACGGGAAGACCGCCAGCUCGUUGGAGCUGCAUCACGCAAUGAGCUCCCUCAAGUACUCCACUAUCAGUCAGGCCGUGGUAACGCUUGCUGCAACUGCCGGUCGUCUGGCGUUUAUCAUUUAUCUAUCGAGCUGCUGGCAGCCCGAAACAUUCAAUUCCGCCUGUGAUCUCCUUCUCGCCUCUUUUCCAAUAUACAUCUUCUGGCGAUUUAAUUGGAACGUCAGAGUCAAGCUGGUUCUAAUCUCUCUCCUGAGUUUGGGAGUAUUAGCCAUGGCUGCUUCACUAGUCAAAACUAUCGAAUAUCCAACCAUCAUGACCUCUACCAACCCUCGCACCAACCACGUCACCCUUCUACGGUGGAUGUUCGUCGAAGCAGGCGUGGUGCUCAUCACCGCGUCUAUACCCUGUCUCCGACCGCUUGUUAUCCACUGGAUCAAAAAAUUCAUCAAACGAGCACCCACUUUACACACGAGAAUGGACAACCCCGAAGCUACGCAGAGCACGACGCUUAAUGUCAGUCAAAUGACGCAGGACUGGAAAAAACGAUGGAUCAUGCCGUACAUGCAGCAAACUCAGUCCGGGGAGAACUUGGAGCAACAUAUCCUGGCUAAUAUCUCCACGCAUAUCUUUGCCGGGGACCGGGAGUUUCUUGAUCGACAUGUUCCGGGUAUUGUCAAGAAGGUGGAGGUUACUGUGGUGGCGGAUGAGAUUCCGUUGACGGAGGUUGAGCAUACGUGA